AUGAGAAUCAGAGAACUUUUCAGAGACAGCAGAUCCAAACUUGUCUUUCAUUCUAUUGGUCUUUUAAUGGCCACUUACUCUCUUUUUACAGACCUUUUUUUUCUUUCGUCAUUAUUAAGGAGUAAUAAUACACCAUGUACAACAUUAAAAAAUGAACUAUUACCUUGGUAUGAGUCAAAUAUUGCACACUGGAACGCUUCGGAUUUAGGAACUGGCAUAACCAAUCCACCGGACAUGAAUACAUCUGUUUAUUUUAUGAACCAUCUGAAAAUUAAUUAUGGAUCAUAUACUGGAUUUUUUCAAAAAAAUGGCUCUUAUGCUGGUGUGGUAGGCACUGCUACUAGGAGAAAUACUUCUUUUCCUUUAGUCACUCUUGUUUCUGCUGUUUAUGAUUAUAGUUAUCUCAUUAUUAGCCAGGGAGACAAAAGUCCAGAACUAGUGUGUAAAGAUUUUAUAUCAGAUUGCUUCUUAGAUAAGACAAUUAAUUUCCCUUUUACAUCACUUGAUUUUGGUCCUGUUAAAACUUUUGAUUCGCUUGCCACUUCUAUUUCUCCAAAUCUUCAAAUGUAUAUUUGUCAAUAUAAAGAUAAUUCUACUCUUUCUUACAAGUGGGCUCAGAACCUUGCUAAAGCAGCAAUUAUUUGUAUUGGAGUACUGGAACUGCUCAAGAUUCCAAUCCUAAUUAUAUCACCUGCUUUUUUAUAUAGACUCAAACAACCUGGUAUUCUAAAUUUUGCCAACAAUUCUCCCUUUUUAAUCCUUCUCAUAGCUAAAGAUAGGAGAGUAUAUCGGUGUAUCCGAGAAGCUAUGGAACUAGAAGAAACAAAUAGUCUUCAACUUCUUGGUGAUACUUUUCUGCACUCAUUGCCCAUGCUGGUGUUAACAGUUCAGAGUCUUGUAUUUCAAAGCAAUGUAGCUAAUAGUAUUAUCCCCCCUCUAACCAUCCUGUCUCUCGUGGGAAGUUGUGCUGGAUUGUGUUUUUCUCUUUUCCGUAUAUAUGUUGCUCUCAUGACCAUAAUUCCAAAUCAGACCCAAAAACUUAAUGAGGAAAUUUCAUCAUACUGUCAGAAACAUCCAGAACAAAGAUGGCAUUUACCAAUUACUUUUGCAACAAUAGAUAGUGUGUUUAGUUUUCUUCCUAUAAUAUUUAUGAUUACUCUUGUAAUUCAAGGAUUCAAUAGUGUCUUCAUUUUCAUCAUCCCAUUGCUGGUCAUCACUGCCAAGUUAUUGAUCUGUGCUUCACCAUUUUGGACACCACGUUUUCGAAAACCAUUGACAUCACCUCUAGUGUUUUCUUUUACUCUGAAUAGUCCGAUCCUUCCUCUUCUUUGCAUCCUCUCAUCAUCAUUUCGACGGUUUGUUGUCAUAACAGCUACCAGCGGUGUUACUUUCUGGUCUGGUUGGUCAUUGGACUUUGUAAGUGUUGAUUUGCCAAUUUUGGUGGCAUUGAUUGUAAUGAGAGCAUUCGGCUAUGGAAAUCAUCAGGAUGUUGUCCUUCUCCAACAAAAUUCUGUGUUAGUCAUUCUGAUUAGUUUUUACUUGAUGUGGAAAAUAGUUUCAGGAUUAUGGUAUAUAUGUAUUAGUUUGUCAGUUCGGGCAAGAGGCAAAGGUUAUGCUCGCUCAACUCAAAAUUUUACUUUCUUCCAUGUUCGUCCAACUUUUGGGAUUUUCAUCUAUACUAUAAUCAAACUUUCUAUUUGGGCAAUAGGUUUGCGAGCUUUCUUGUCAAUGGUUUUCAUGUCACCACCAAAUUCUACAGCCUUCGUUGUUGUUUCACCCAAGAUUCUGAUGGUGUUUGGAUUGGUCAUUUAUUUUUAUUUUGAUAUUAUCGGUUCUUUGGCUUUGUUGAUUUCCUACUAUGGGCCUUUCUCUACACGAACAAUAGCUUUGUAUCUCAACUCACCCAUUAUUGUAUUUCUUUACAUUUUGCUUGGGUCUAAUUUUCGAAACCAAAUUAUUGCAGCUGCAGAAAACCACACACAUGCAAUGCUCUUGUGGAAGUUGCGCGAUGCAGUUCUUCUUUCUUCACUUCUUCUUAUUUGGCCAGGAUUUGGAUUCGGGUACAACAAUUCAGAUGGAACAUACGCUUGGUGGUCAUGGUAUGGUUGGGGAUUUGAUGUCAUUCCAGGUCAAAAGAGGGAUGAUUCUGAAUGGAAUUUGAGUUUUUGUGGAAUAUUUGCCACUGUGUGUGGGAUGAUUUACUGUACAUCUUCAAUUUUGUUUAAUUCUGUGCCAAUUGAUGAGCUUGAUGAGCUUUUUAAUACAUAG